CGGAAGUGGAGCGCAAGAGCUUGUUGUCGAACGAAAAGAAGACAGCAGCGCGGCGACGGUAGUGGCGACGGCGGCGGCGGCGGCGGCGUCGGCGGCGCUCGGCGCAACAGAACCAGACUGGACCGUCUUCAUUCUCUCAUUUCGACAUUCGGGAUGGUAGUCGGUGGUUAGCGAAAUCCCUACCUCCGCGACGUCGAUGUUUAGAGCUAAGCAUUUCUCUCUCCCUCUCUCUCUCUCUCUCUCUCUCUCUAUCUCUCUCGCUCUCUCCCACCCCCGCUUCGCGCUCUCUGACUUUGAGCGUUCGGAACGUAUAAAAAGCGCGACGGAAAAAAGAAGCCCGACCGACAUAUCGGCCAGGGUUAACGCGCGGCGAUAUUCCUUUUGAUUCGGCGACCCGUCGCUUUUCUUUCUCUCGCUCGUUGGAGGUGGAGCGGCGAGACGAGUUGAGUUUAGAACGAGACCUACUUCUCGCGCGCGCCUGAGCGCAUCACACCGGGCGCCGUGUUUACGUCGUUUGGGAAGCGUUAGGGCUGUCUCGCGCCUCGGAUUGAUCGACGACGCGCCGUCGAGCACGCGACGCGUUACGCUUCUGACGACGAUGACGCGUGCCCGCCGAUUUAUUUCUGGAGGGCUCAGUGUGCCACGGACUUGCGAUAUCAGCUGACGUUGCACUACAACUACAUUUGCCGCGUGCAAGCUGCCUCAAGCGCGCGCGCAAACGUAACCGUAUCACGCGGUGAUUGUAACUUCGCUACGAAAAAUAAGCAACGUCGAAGAAAGCCCAUUCAAGCGCUUCGAAAUAGACUGGCAAAAUGUAUCCCAUGUAAAUUAGCCUACAAACGAGUGAACGCCCGAGAAAAUAAGAUUACAAGCGUGGCGUUGAAAUAAAAAAAAAAAGAAACAAAGUCGCAAAACGUUCCCAUGUUAAAAUAAGCGAAGCUAUUUUCGUUACUGGACAGUCGCCCGUGAGCGCGUACGCGUACGUGCAGGCGCCCUCCCGCCGUUAUGCAAUGUUACAUUCGCUCCUCGUCGAGCGCUUUUCCCAUGGCCCGCGAAAGUCGGGCCGAGCAAGAAUGUCAUUUUGCUCGAAUGACACGGCGUCUCACUCCUUUCAUCGACUGCCGACUCGACGCGAGAAACGAGAAUUUUAAACGUCAUUUAGUUUUUGGCUUUUUUCGGCAUGUGACUCAGUGAAACAGACAUUUUCGAGGAGCGAAACGCGAGCUCCACCACCGGACUUCUAGGCUUAUGUUGGAAAAACGCGAAAGCUUUAGUGAAUAAAUGCAAUAAUUUUUUCACGUCUUUUGAGGCGUACAAUCUGUUUGGCACCGAAGCAAGAGCAGAAAACCAUUUGACAGUGGGUUAGGUUGGUAGAGGAAUAACUUUCGGUUAAACGAUUCCUUCCAAUGAGCUAUAAAUAACAAAUUUGUACGAGAGAUAGAUAUCUUCUUUACCGUGGCUUCUGCAAAGCUAAAGUUACCGACGUACGAUUAGAUAUAAUCUUUGCGACAUUGUUUAUCGACCGUAUUAUCCGCUGGAAGUGUGGAAAUCAACGUAUUUCAAAAUAUGGGUUUAUUGCAAUGUGUAUUUAAUCAACAUAUAUGAGUUCUCAGCACAUUGAACAUCGCAAUUAUCUUGAAAUAUACGGUAAUCCAAGACAAAUGAAUAAGUAAUAUAAACGGGACUCCAACGUAAACAAUUGAAUACGCAAUCGAACCGACAAGUUUUUAGAGCCGUCUGGAACAUUUUUCAUUGCAAAAACAAACUCUUAACGUGCGAUUAGCUAACGCUCUGGCAUAAUCGACGUAACGUAAGCACCAUCUUUAUGAGCUCGCAAUCAGACCUGUAUUAUGUACACUAAUACUGCCUUUUUUCCAUGAAGCGCUGUUACUUGGCAGCAAUGGGUUCUCCAAACAGUUUCGUUUUUCCGAAUCGAAUUUCGCUGCUGGUUUUAGCACUGAUUAUGUCGAGCAUUAUCGUGAUCAACAGCGAAAAAUUGUCAAAAUCGGAGGAACGCAGAUCCGAGAGAGAAACAAAAGUGAACAGGACUAGAAUUCUCAUGAUCGAGCGGAUAUUUCAUAGCGCAUUUCGUAAAUGUCAUCUGCCUGAUUCAAACGAGCUUGUACUACUUAAAAAUUGGCGCGAGCAACGUAAACAAUGCGUCCUCCGUGAUCUGCGCGAAUCAGAGUUAUGGACAAACGAAGAUUAUUUGGGUGAAAAUAAAAAUGAAGAGGAGAUCUCGAAGAGUCCAAGAGCCGACGAGAAACUAAAUAGCACCGGCGAUCCAAUAAUUGGAGCCAAAAAAACAUUCAACUACGGAUGUGACUCUUUAAUAUUUUAGUCAUGAAUGAGUGAUCGACGCUUUUUAAACGCUGUUUAGCGGAAACCCACACAGAUGUCAUUUGACAGAUACUUGAUUUCUUUAAAAUAACGAUGAAUGGAUGACCACUUGAUUAUUGACGAUGUACAUGGCGUUUUAGAUGAUUCGUGGGAUGGACACAAAAGUUACACCAGUUGAUUUACUCGAAAAAAAAAAUAUAUAAAUAAAUAAAAUAAACCAACGCUAGUCGUUACACGAUGUCACCAACAAAAACCA